CUAUUGCUUUUGACUUUAAAAGUAACUUUAGAUUAGUUUGCAGAUGGUAAAUAGUUCAUAAAUAUCAGCAUUCAAACUUGGGGAAAUUUUGUUUAUUUAUGAAUUCAUUAGGUGUAUCAAAUCCAUGUGAACCUAUAACCAUACAUCUAUAGUCUAAUUAAAUAUCAGUUUUAGAUUAAUGAAUCUUUACAAAUAAUUUAUAAAUUCUUAAAAAUUUCAAUAAUAUAUAUAUAGAGUUAUUAACUUGUAUAUAAUUCUGUUUUUAUAUAUACAAGGUUUAAUAAAUUUACGAUAUCACAUUCUUUCUUUUUAUUUAAAUUAUAAAGAUAUAUAUUAUAUAUAAAUGACAUUUUAUUGCAUUUAAAAAAAAAGUUAUACUCCUAAAUUUUGCGGUUUUCCCAAUCUAUUUUAUGUUAUUUCAUACUUUCUAAAAUUAUGUAUAUUAUGAACUAAUAGUCUAAUACUAAUUUCGAUGUUAUUUUAGAGUAUUAUUUAUCUCAGCACUAGUCCUAAACACAUGGAAAAAAAGAGAAAAACAAAGAGAACGGUGGCCAACUCCACUACGACAUUGGUAAUGCUAAUGAAUCCAUUCUGUAUAAUCAAGAAUCAUAUAUGUUUGUAGUGGAUGUCACCUAGCUACUCCAAUAAAAAUAAACGAAUUUGUUUUAUUAUGACGAGAGUAUAUUGUCAUUUGCCACUAUACCAAAAUCUAAAUCUGGAUAUGUGUCUAUGUUUUGUAUGGUUGGAUGCUAGUAGAACUACUAAAUAUUAUGCACUUAUGAAUAUUAAAUAGAGUUGGUGUAAAUAACCAAAUGUUGUGUAUGUGAUCAGAUAUAUGUAUCAGAUGUAUCAUUUGUUCCCACUGGAUCACAUACUGUCUUCUCGGAUACCUUCCAACCAAAACACAUUAGUAAAAUAACAAGAGUCUCUCUCUUUCUCUCUACUCGUGUUGUAUACUAUAUAUAUUAUCGACAGUGAUCUAACUUCCACUGUCUUUCGAUAUUCUCUCUUUCAUGGCUCCUCUUCCUUUAAUACCGAACCAAACCCAAUCGCAAACGCGUUUAUUUUCUUCAGACCCAAAGAAGAAGAAGAGCAGAAAGAAGCAAACUCCUCUCCCUCAGACACAAACACAAACGCAAACUCUGAAGAAAAAGACGGUACAGUCAUCAUCGUCGUCAUGGAGCCAGAUAAAGAACCUUUUGAGUUGCAAACAAAUAGAAGGGCCACGAGUGCACGAACCAUCAAAGAUUACGUCAUCAUCUUGCGGCUCUUCUCUAUGUAAGUUUAGUGAUGUUAUUUACGGUAACGCCCGCGUGAUUCAUCGCUCAGAUCACUCGCCGGGGAGUAGCAAUCUGGGUCAGGAUGCCGGACUGUUGACCCGGAAACCUGUCACCCGUGGAUCUUCUGCAACGGUUAGAUCUAACGGUUGUGGAGCUUACACGUCAUAUUCCUCUUCCAAAGCCAUGCAAUUCAGAAAACUCUCUGGUUGCUAUGAGUGCCACAUGAUUGUUGAUCCAUGCAGGUAUCCAGUUUCACCAAGAAUAUGUGCAUGUCCACAAUGUGGGGAGAUUUUCCCUAAGCUUGAAACUCUAGAGCAUCAUCAAGCAGUUCGUCAUGCCGUGUCGGAGUUGGGGCCAGAGGAUUCAGGACGAAACAUAGUGGACAUCAUCUUCAAAUCUAGCUGGUUACGUAAGGACAGUCCAAUCUACAACAUCGAACGGAUAUUAAAAGUCCACAACACUCAGCGCACGAUCCAACGGUUUGAGGAUUGUCGGGACGCAGUCAAAUCCCAUGCACAUGCCUCCACCAGAAAAGAGCCUCGUUCAGCAGCGGACGGCAACGAGCUACUCCGUUUCCACUGCACCACCGUUUCUUGCUCUCUCGGCUCCCGCGGUUCAACAUCUCUAUGCUCCAACUUUCCUGGCUGCCGUGUCUGCACCAUUAUCCGCCACGGCUUCCAUGCCAAAACGCUGCGUUUAGGCGGUGGGGCCAAUGAGAUAAAGGGAGUGAGGACCACGGCGAGCAGCGGAAGAGCACACGAUGCAUCGAGGUGCUUUGACCAGAGGAGAGCGAUGCUUGUCUGUCGUGUGAUUGCCGGAAGAGUGAGGCGCGUGCAGAGCGAUGCACAGGAAGAUGAAAAUGGUUCUGGCUCGUAUGAUUCUGUUGCGGGGCCCGCUGGGGUCUACACAAACCUCGAUGACUUGGUUGUGUUUAAUCCCAAAGCUAUACUUCCCUGCUUCGUAGUAAUCUACAAAGUUUCCGAGCCUUAAAAAAGAAAUUGCACUUUGGAAUGAUUGGAUUUGUAAGUUUUAGUGGAAUGUGUGAAGCAAAGAAUUGUAAUAUUUAGGAAAAAAUAGCAUUUUAAUUGUGUACAAUUGUGGUGGUGUGGCCUAGUCAAGACUACUCAAGAGCAAAGGACUAGUGUCUCCUUUUCUUUUCGUUUCAUUUUAUAAUUUCCACUUAACAUUUAACAUA